CCCCUUCAAAAAAGCUCCUUUACUUGUCUCUUUUCAAUCUCAAUCUGCUCUCUCUUUUCAAUCUCGAUUUCUUGAUCUAACAAUUCCAAUGGAAACCCCAUCAUCAACAAGAAGAGUCACAAGAUCACGAACCACCUCCUCUGCCUCAAUCAACUCCAACAUCAACUACAUACCCAUGUCGAGGAAAAUUGAAGAUUCUGAAAAGGGUAUUUCGAAAUCAAGGCCCCGAACUGGGAAGCAACAAGAUCGGUCUGUUCUGAUUGAUAUUACAAACGAUUCACCCAUUGUUGGGCUUGCAAUGGAAAGCUUGGAGACUCCAUUGUCAACCAUGUCCAAGAAGAGGAAUGGCGAUCGAGGCAAGCACACCAAGACUCCUGGUUCAGGGGAGGCUCUGUUGAGGGGUCAAGUCAAGACCCUCUUGCAAAAAGUGGAAGAAGAGGCCGAGCUUUCGAAACUUUCAUUGGAAAACAGGCCUUUUCUUCACCUCCGUGGCCUCGUGAACUCUCCGAUGGGGCUUCUUGCUCCUACUCCGACCAACACACCCCUUGUAUUGAACCUCUCUGACAAUGAAAGCUUUAAAAACAGUUGCUUGGCUUCGGUCACGCCUUCGCUGGUUCAAGAACAGUUGACGAUUUCUCAGAUGGUGACUGAGAUGCUUGAUGGAAUGAAACAAGAGGAUCUUCCUGAAUCUGAGAACAACUCGAUGAUUUCAAGGUCUUUACUCUUGGACUUUUCUGAGAAAUCAGAGGGUUCUGAUUCAUCCGAGUGUUCCUCUGUGCUGACACAUAAAGGAGGAAUAGGAGGAGAAAGUGAUGAAGGCGAAGAGAAGUCAUUUAUGGAGGAUGAUGACGCUUCUGUUUGGUCUAUUCAAGUCAAUGCCAGUAGCAGAGAUGAUGAAGAAGAGGAAGAAGAAAGUGAUGAAGGCGAAGAAGAAGAAGAAGAAGAAGAAGAAGAAGAAGAUGAAUAUUAUGAAGAAGCAGAGGAAGAUGAUGGAGGGUUGGUUGAUGAACUGUGUGAAGGGAUGAGCAAGAUCAGUUUCAAGAAAUUUAGUGGGAAACACACUCGGUUCGUGUACAACAGUGAUGAUGAGCUUGAAGGAGAAGAAGAAUAUUGUGUUUCGCCUGGAAUUGUGCACUUGAAGGGCUUGCCAACGCCGAAAGGGAAGCACUAGCGCUUCCCUGAAGAAGAAGAAGAAGAAGAAGAAGAAGAAGAUAACUGAAUACAAAUGGAAUAUAUGGUCUCAUUCUUGCGAUACCAUUUCUAAAGAUCGCUUUGUUAUUUUGUUUUUUUGUUGUUAUGUUUUUGCCAAUUCUCAAAUUCUUGCUUCUGAUUGUUGAAGAAAGAAGAAAAGUUUGGGAGAUAGCUAUAUAUGGUCACACAAGUGAACUGAUUGAAUACGUGUUCCAACAAUAAUAACAUCAAUCUCUGAAGUUUUUCUUGCAGCUA